UACAUUACAUCAGGGCUUCAGUGCCGCUGUAGGUAUUAAUAACCCUGUGGAUAGCAUCCCUUGAUCAAACUUCUCCUAACAGCCCACGUUGUUUUCAGGACGGUUCUCCCUGUAGUUGGAGGGGCGGUAGCUGGAGCUUUUUUUCUUUUUUUUUUUUCUUCUUCUUCUUCUUCUGUCUUUUUUUUUUUUUUACACAGUGCCCGCUCGGCUGGACCACCGACUCUUUUAAAACUCACACUAUAUACAAACCUACUGGAGAUAUAACACGCUGUUAUUGACAGGAUGGCUGCGGAAAACUUGGAAAUGAACAGUCACAAUGACCGAAACGGAGGGGUGGAGGUCCUGCUGCAAGGCCCCCAGAGGACGGGGCCUCUGAACAUGAACCAUUAUGCCAAUAAGAAGAGUGCAGCAGAGAGCAUGCUGGAUGUGGCUCUCCUGAUGGCCAACGCCUCACAGCUGAAGGCUGUACUGGAGCAAGGACCAGAGUUCACCUUCUAUGUGCCUCUUAUUACUCUUAUUAGCAUCUCCCUCAUCCUACAAAUCGUAGUGGGAGUUCUGCUCAUCUUCAUAGUUAAGUGGAACCUGAAUGACACCAGCAUGCACUACAAGCUGAACGUCAUGGAGAACGCCGCCACGGCCUUCGUCUUUAUCAUAGUCGUGGUCAACGUCUUCAUCACAGCUUUUGGAGUCCAGCGACCUAAACCAAGUUCUUGAUCACCCUUUUACAUCACUCACCUGCUGAUCAACUUAGUAAAGAUGGACCUCAUUAUUUAUGCAAAUGAACAGGAUAUCGAUUUCCCAGCCAAAUGGCAUUACAGGCGCACUUGUCUUUAUGUAAUUCAACCUCCCAGGGUUGAGGAGGCCCGACAUACGUUCAGGAUCAGGUGACGUCACUAACCAUGGCUAUAGACAAAUGUACGGUCAGUUUUUAUUUCAUGUGUUGAUUCACCAGUUUGUUACCUCUUAUCAUGCUCAGGUUACUGAUGCAAAUAAAUGAUUGCCUUUAUUUAUCAAACAAACAUAUCAGGAGCAGUUUACUGAUGUUUCCUGAGAAAAAGAUAUUCUACUGUUAUUCUGAAAUGUGUCGGUAUCUGUCAGUCUUAACCUAAUGUAUGCCUUCAUUUUUAUAAAAAAGUAAAAACCGUAACCACCACAGCAUAAUCCAAAUGACAUUCUUAAUAAUACGAGCACCUGGAGCCAUCUGAGCAUACUGCUGCUCAGAUGGCAUUAGGUGAUAGAAUAGCUUUAUUGUGGGGGCAAAUAUUUAAAUUGUUUACACUGUUAAAAACGAUAACCAAUUAAUGAAGUGGACCUUACAUGCUUUUUUUUUUUUUAAAGUGAUAUGCAAAGUCUGUGUGUGUAAUGUAUAAACGGAGUAACCUGUAUAUAUUAGCUUAUGUCUUCCAGUGUUUGUGCAUUGAGGUAUAUAGUGUAUGUGGUUACUGUAACGAUUUGUUUUCAUCUUUUUUUUUAAGGACCAAAUAUUUUCAAAGCUUUUUACUCCAUGAACUUGUGCUAUACACUGUGAAUAUUUUAAA